UCAGUCUUUAAUGCACGUGUGGCCAAAGCAUCUCCCCCAUUCACCGUCGUCAUGGCCACACGCCGCCGCCGCUCCUCCUCCGCCCCCUGACCCGUCCUUCUGGCACCACCACCAACGGGUUCCAAAUGCGUUAACCCCAGGAACGCCUUGCUUCCCACAGCCAAUGGCAACCACGGUGGGGAGAUUUGGUGGGGCAGCGUUCUCGGUUAUCCCACCGCCUCAUCCGAUGUACAAAGUAGACCCCAGCAGCAGCAGCAGCAGCGUUGCCCAGUCCCACCCUCCCCUCGACUCUUAUCCUUCCAAAGAGAGCAUAGACUCAGCUAUCGGAGAUGUUUUAGCGAAGCCAUGGCUGCCACUUCCUCUUGGUCUCAAGCCUCCCUCUUUGGACAGCGUCAAGGUGGAAUUGCACAGACAAGGCAUUCCUAAAAUACCACCUUCUUCCUCCUCCUGCGCUUCAUUACCUUAAUAUUAAUCAUUUUACCAUAAUUAAAACGGCCCCGGUGAGAUGGAUAUGUUGGACGUGUGUUUCACUGUUUCAUCCGCCGCCUGCUGCCCGGACAGCUCCAGCUUCCAUCAAUUAAUUUGACGACAUUUCGUUAUUAGAUCAGGAUCAUGAUCUAUAAUGCCACUUGAUCUCUCUUCUUCUUCUGAGCUUUUAUUUUGGUGGUUGUAUUAACAUAAUGAGCCACGGAACACCCCUUUUUUUCUUCUUCUUUUUUGGCUCCCCCGUGUAAUAAUAAUUAUAAACAAAAAAAAUAAUAAUCAUACACCUUUUUCGA